AUGGUGGUUGAAUGUCAGAGAGGACACGGAGCUCCGCUGAGAGGGGCACCUGUUCACGGCGGGACCCCCCCUGCUGACUGCUCUAAUCAAAUUUACCCAGACAGACUGCCCCGUCCCGGGACUCCCCCAAAAACAAGUGCAUGCGGAGAAGAGAGCCGUGUCCUCGUCAUGUCCACCUCGUGUCGGCUUAUUCUCCUCCACAGCGCCCCCAAAGGCCCACCCGCGCAGGCGCAGCACGAGCCCAUAAUCCGGAACGUAAUGAGGAGCGCUGGAGACGGGACGGGGGCCAGCAGGCAUGAGGAGAAUACAUGA